AUGACAAACGAGACCUCAUUCGUCGUCACCGUAUCACUAGCGGCUGGAGUGAUUUCACUGAUCGGAUCCAUGCUGUUUCUUCCGAGAUUAUACUGGGAAAUGCUUGAUCUUAAAGAAGAAGUAUUUGGAGCAGUAGAAAGUUUUAAGGUUGAGACGGACUCAUCAUGGAUAGAAUUAAUGAACGUUCAAAUCAGCCAUACUCCACCUUCAAGACCACGAGAAAAUCCAUUGUUAAGAAGGGAUAAAAGGUUUGCUAACCUACCUGAGUGGUGCCAUUGCGAGAUGAUUCCAACAUGUCCACCGGGACCACCCGGACCACCUGGACCUCCUGGAUUACCUGGAAUGCCUGGACCUCCAGGGCCACCUGGAUUAGACAACUUCAACGUUGGCGUCUAUCCAGCUGCGUGCGCUCCACCAAUGGGGUGCGUCAAAUGCCCUCGAGGAGAGCCUGGGCAAAAAGGUCCCGACGGUGCACCAGGACUUCAAGGACCGCCAGGAAUUCCCGGAACUCCCGGUUUUCCAUAUCCUCGCCUUGGAGCGGCUGGACCACCAGGCCCAGCCGGAGAUGCAGGUCUACCUGGACAACCUGGACUACCAGGACCUCCAGGACCACCAGGAAGCGAAGCCACAAGCGGCAAAGGCAAACCUGGACCACCUGGCUCGCCUGGAUUACAAGGACCGCCAGGAAUUAUUGGAAUACCUGGAGCGCCUGGUUUGCCUGGUCUUAUGGGUGCUCCUGGGCCACAAGGAGCACCAGGAGUACCUGGCGUGAAGGGCGCACCAGGACAGCCGGGUGCUCCUGGAAAUGCUGGGAUUCCUGGACAGGACGCAGAAUAUUGUCCUUGUCCUCCUCGCUCGGUUUUCUAUCUUAGCAGAACUGCUUAA